UGGCUAAGGCCCACGGCUGCUGUGGCAAUGCAAAGACCUAGUUGCGAUCUUCACGGCAAAAAAAUUCAAUUCAAGGACUCUUUGUUCCGUGAGCAAGGACAAAUUCUGAUGUCAGCAUUUAUCAUCAUCAUCGUAGUGGAACUAAUUCUACGUUGGUAUCUUAUAUUUCAAAUUCGAUCUGAAGCUAGAUUAAGUUGUUGUGAGCAUUUCUGCAUAUUAUUUUUUAAGCAAGAAUAUUAUCUUCUCUGGGGAGAUAAAGUAAUAAAGCAAGAGACAAUUGAUAAAAUUGGUUCUAUUUCAGACAUGUUUUCAAUAGCUUACUUGGCAAUUUUAGCUUGGACAAUCUACAAUGGUUAUUCUGGAAUUAAAAGUGAACCUGAUACUAAGAAAAAUUUCCUAAUUGCAGCAAGUCUAGUAACCUUUAUAGCAUUAAUUAAUGUUUUUAAACUUUUAUUUUCUGCUGUCAAAAUAUGUUGUGGUUUCACUGAUAAUCAUCAAUCAUCACAACCACCGCCCUAUAGUUAUUCCGUUUAA